CCUUUUUCCUGUCCCCACAGUGACUUGCAAAGCCCUUUGGAGAGCCUGGAGCUGGCCUUCUGCUACCUUCUGCCCAACGACCUGGCCUACCUUUCCCAAAGCCUCCACACCCCUGCCCUGAAGAAGCUGGACCUCAGCGGGAACAACCUCUCCGACUGCCUCCUGCAGCCUUUCCAAGGCCUGCUGAUGGAGGCCGCCCCGACUCUCCUGCACCUGGACAUCAUGGAAUGCCGCAUGAUGGACACCCACCUGAACGUCCUCCUGCCGGCCAUCUGCCGCUGCUCGCGGCUCCGCUACCUGGGCGUGUUUGGCAACCCCAUCUCGGCCAAAGGACUGAAGAACCUCCUUCACAAGACGGUGGGCCUCUUGGACUUGAAGCUGGUCAUCUACCCCUACCCGGUAGACUGCUAUGGGGAUGACCUGCCGUGGCCCCCCACUUCCUCCAACCUCCUCAACGGCAACGUGGACGAGGAGAAGUUCUUCCGGGUCAGCAACGAACUCCAGCAGAUGCUGCUGAGCGCCAAUCGGGCAGACGUCACCUGGACCACCAACCUCUGCCGCCACAAUAGUCUGGACUUCUUUAGUUUAUAGCCCCACGCGCAUCUCCUGCCAAGAGACAAGGAAUGGGGCUUGUCCUCUCCUGCUGCCACUUGCCUGCCAACGCUCCCUGUCUUGCACCGUACUGCAGUGGGCCAGCGCUGACUGCCUUACCUGCCCUGGUGCAUCUCAGCCGGAAAGAUCCACCUGGGAGAGCCUUGCAGACAGCACCUUGAGCGGCUGUCUGUGCUCUCUUUUCGGCAGAGACUGAGAGUGUGUGGAGGCACCAUAGUCUUGCUCUGCUCUUUCUUCCUGCCAGGAGAAGGAUGCAGCUGCCUUUGCCUGCUUGUCCUCAACCUUAAAGGGGCAGGCAGGCAGGGGAGCCUUGCAUUCCUUCCAGUCAGCGGAAACAGCUCUGUAAUGUCUACGGAAGGAGGGAACAGGCAGGCAAGUGGUGGCCAGGAGAGAGGAGCGGAUGAAAUCUGCCCUGGUGUGGUGGCGAGUGGCGGAUGGGUAUUUCUGUUAACAUAGGACGGCCAGCAGUGAAUGCCAUGUCAAAAGCACGUGAGCCCUUUCUGGUGCAUGUAAGAAUACCGGGGGUUAGGUUUUGGAUUUUUUUUUUCUCCCCCAAACAUCUAUUUUGUAACAUCUUAGUUAGAGCUUAGCAAAGUGGAUAUUACCGCCUCUCCUUCUGUGUGUUUGAUGGGAUUGCCAGAGGUCAGUUGGGUGGGUGCCUUUGAAAUGAUUUGGUCCCUUUCAAGACUUGACAGGAGCGGGAAGUUUGUCAAUCCAGAACCUGGAAUAAGGCCUAAAUAUUGUAAGGGCCGAAGGAAGGGGAGGUGAGAUUAUAUACAGAGAACUUUGGGACCUGAAAUAAAAGAUGAUUUGCCUGAGA